AUCAGGAGAAACUAACAUUGUAAAAAUGUGGUUUGCAGCUCUUCCAUUAUCAAAUAAAGGUAGUAUAGUGUAGUUGUGCAGCUGUCUAAAUAACUGUCCAUAAGAAUGUGUGUAUUUUAAUACUUGACGGAUGUCGCUUGCAGUCUGUCGCGCUCUAUGUGUUUAGCACAUGAUAAAGAAAAAGAAAAAAUUCGCAUGCUUGCUUUCAGUCAGCUGUUUUGUGCUUACGUCACGGUAGACUUAUUAUUCGCCCGCGCCUUUGAAUGUGAAUUCGAAUGUUAUUUUCAGGGGUAGUAUAGAUUGUGAAAUUCUAUAUUUUUAAAAUGCGUUGUGCAGUGUUCGGUUGUAAUAAUAACAAUCGUAAAAAUAGUGCUACGAAGUGGAGAUUUUUUCAUUUCCCUAAGGAUAAAACCUUAGUUAAACAAUGGAUUAAUUUUUGUCGUCGGACGGAUAAAAUUAACGUUAAAAAUGCGUGCAUUUGUGAAAUGCACUUCGCGCCAGAAGCAUUCGAAAGAAAUUUGCAGUUUGAAAUGGGUUUAAGUUCGCGGAAUCCAACGAAGUUGCUACCUAGCGCUUUUCCCACGUUAACCACUGCUCCUGCAGAGGCUACUGAACGGCAGAAAAGGAUGGAGUCUCGUUCCAAAAAAGAGAUAUUGAAAACAAUAUUGAAGAAUACCGCCCCUGUUGAAGUAAUUCAAGAAGACGAGGUUAGACAGGCAUUUCAAACUGUAGGGGAGGAGGUCAUCGAUGAGAAAGACGAGAAAAUACUGCAUUUGGAAACAGAAAUACAAAGGCUGAAUAGUCUUGUUAGCACUUUGAAUAAGUGCAAAAACGAGCAGUUAGAAGAAAUUAAACGUCUUAAGAUUUCCCUUAAAAUCGCGGAAUUUCAUAGAAAUAAUUUGGAGCAAAAACUUAGCUGUAUUUUCACCAACGGCCAGAUUGAAAAAUUAAGAGACGGAAACAAACGACGCAAUUGGAAAGAAGAAGACAUAGCUAUGUCGAUCACGUUAUAUUCAACGAGCCCGAAAGCGUACAAACUCUUAAGGAGCAACAACUUUCCUCUACCAGGUGUGCGCACUCUGCAAUGGUGGUCAAAGAAAUAUGAUAUAGCUCCAGGUGUCAAAAUAAAAAAUUAAAUAAAACAAUGAAAAUACAAUGUAUGUACAUGUUCACUAUAUUGAUAUUUCUUUAUUAAUAGUCACUUAAUUUGAUGUUAACUUUUGAUGACAUUAAUUUUAUUGCAUGCCUGCAAUACAAAAUUGCUUCUAAUUGCAAAGAAAAACAAACGACUGAAAAUCAACUGAUUGUACGUUGGCCAACAGUGACGUAGAUGCGCAGAACGAAGAAAAUUUGAACUCAUCUUUGCAUAAUCUUUGUUUCCAUUCUUCUUGAUCCUAUACCAUGCUUACCUGGUUUCACUGGAAUAAAAGUGUUAACGAAAAUAUUAAAUUCGUGGGCAGAGUUACAUAGUAUUUAUGUUUGUACAUACCAAAUUUAAUACUGUUAGACUUAAGAGAAAUAAGACGAUCCAAAACUUUAAAAUAUAAUGAAGCUCUAAUUUA